UGGAGUUUUUCAAGAAAUGGCCGACGCCUACGAGCCACCUGACGACGCGCAUCGGCGAUUCGCUCAACGACAACGAGCGCCCGAGGAGUCGCCUGUGGCGUACAGGGGUGCAGUGCUUGAUUUGGCUAUGGCCGCGUAUCCAGAUACAACACCUGACCUGCUCGAGCCUCUCAUCUUGGGCAAGAUGCUCGAGCUGUCGCGGGAUCUUGGGAUUCCCAUGCCGGUGUGCGGGCAUGAGAAGCUCACCUCCCGGGCGGCGGCGAAAUGUCUGGAUGCACAAUUCAACCUACGACGAUGGAAACAGGUCACGGCGUGGACAGGGGGGCCCGUCGCGGAGGGUGGCGCUCUGGGUUGGGACCCUACGAAGUCGGUAUACGUGCCGGAUGAGCGGGGCCCUCAGGAGCUGACGGCCGCCUCGGUGCCAUGGUCAGGCCGCGGUGGACCGGCCUCUCGUGCUGCACCGCCGAUACGCGGGCGGCGCGAUGCAAGGCCUGCGCUUCGGCGCAACGACGCCGAUUGCUUCCGCUGCGGACGGAAGGGCCACUACGCGAAGGACUGCUGGGCCCGCAUCCCGGGUCCGCCACAACAGGAGGCCUCAUUACCGGCCAAGCCGCCCAAGGAUCCACCGAAACAGGCAAGUCGGCACGCACCAGACACCCGGCAAGGCUUUACACCUCACCCAUCACCUUCGUUGUGCGGUCAUAGUGUUGUUGUUAAAGAGGGACCUUCGACGGGGCCUUGUCGCUCUGUGACGCAGUGGCGCAAAUUGGCACGGAGGGUUGUUGCGGCCGCUACGGGUUCGUCCACCGUGCCGGGGUCUAUACAAGGGGUGGACGUGCGCAUUUUGGUCGAUUCCGGGGCGUCCGCGACUAUUAUUUCGGAUGUCAUUUUUCAUCUGUUAGGCAUCCCACCCGGGGCCGUGCGUCCGGUUUACGGGUCGUGCGUCGCUGCGAACGGGGGUAGUAUGGGCAUCGUGGGCCAGGUGGACGCUAAAAUAUCUAUUGGGGAUGUGUCGGCCUCGGGCGUUGUGUUGAUUUCAAGAUCCUUGGCAGUUCCCUGUUUAUUGGGCACUGAUUUUCUGGCUAAGAUGCCUAUUUUGAUCAAAAUUAAUGAGAAUUGUAUUGAACUGCCGGGUGGCCGUCAAAUUUCGUUUCUGCCGUCGCCCUGGGGGCGACCUGCUUCGGCCGUACAAGUGCAGGCGCUAUCCGUGGCAUCUGUUGAUAUUCCACCUGGUUCACAGAUGCUUAUUCCCCUGCGGUAUCGGAAGCCCCUGCCUGGUCGGCUGGGAGCGGUUGGGAUCUUGUUGUCACCUUCAGCCUCGAUAACGGCCGGAUCGGCGCUGGUCGGAGCGCAGACCAUCGUCCGGCCAGACCAAUUACCGUUUUUGCAGGUGCUCAAUGCGGGUACGGAAAAUGUCUGUGUCCCAGCCGGCACGGUUGUGGCACAUGCCACCACGGCAUUUACGGCUCACGAUUGUGCGCAUAGCCAGGGAGUGGUUGCUGGUGUUUCCGAGCCUGUGGCUUCGGAUGACCGCUGGAUUGCUAGCUUAUGUGACGGAAAUUCUUCCCUGUCUGUGGAUCAACGGGGUGCGCUUCAUAAAUUGUUAUUGACGUAUUCCGAUGUGUUUAGCUCCAAUGAUUUGGAUUUGGGACGCACCUCAUUGCUUCACCAUCACAUUGCUACAGGCGACGCUGCCCCUAUUCGGUUGAAUUCGCACCGAAUGAGUCCGGCCGAGCGGGAACACGUUCGGGGGGCAGUGGAGGAUAUGUUGGCUGCGGAUAUUAUAUCGCCGUCGAACAGCCCAUGGGGCGCGCCUGUGGUUUUGGUUAAGAAAAAGGAUGGCAAAUUGCGAUUCUGUGUUGACUUUCGAAAAUUGAAUAAGAUAUCGGUGGCAGAUGCGUAUCCCCUGCCGCGUAUGGACGACUCCCUCGACGCAUUGUCGGGGGCUAAGUAUUUCUCUACACUGGACCUCUCUUCGGGAUUUUGGCAGCUUCCCCUUGACGAGCCCUCACGGGAGAAGACCGCAUUCCGUACGCCGCAGGGGUUGUUUCAAUUUAACUGCCUUCCGAUGGGGCUGAAUGCGGCCCCUGCCACAUUUCAAAGGCUCAUGGAACUCGUUUUGACGGGGUUGCAGUGGGAGACAUGUCUCAUAUAUUUGGACGAUAUCAUCGUCUUCAGCCGCACAUUUGAUGAACAUUUAAGGCGGCUGGAGACGGUGUUCGCGAGGAUGCGCUCCGCGAACUUGAAAUUUAAACCAAAGAAAUGUCACCUACUGCAACGGUCCGUCCGUUAUUUGGGGCACAUCGUGAGUGCUGAGGGGGUGUCUACGGACCCGGAAAAAACGGCGUGCGUCCGAGAUUGGCCGACUCCGGUCACCGUGGGGGAUGUACGUCGCUUUCUGGGAUUUGCCUCGUAUUAUCGAAGAUUUGUACCGAAUUUUGCGACCAUCGCGAGGCCCUUGCACCUCCUUACGGGUAAGGGACGUAAGUUUGCGUGGGGACCGCCGGAAGAGGCGGCCUUUCAGAGUCUGCGUAAUCUGUUGGCUACCGCCCCAACAUUGGAUUAUCCGGAUUUCAAUCAACCGUUCAUUCUUGAUACGGAUGCGAGCGACACAGGUAUUGGCGCGGUGUUGUCUCAGUCUAAAGGG